AUGGCUCUGAAGAGAAUUAACAAGGAGCUCACUGAUCUUGGCCGGGAUCCCCCCUCCUCGUGCUCGGCUGGUCCGGUUGGUGAUGAUCUGUUCCACUGGCAAGCAACGAUCAUGGGUCCUGGUGACUCGCCAUACUCCGGCGGCGUUUUCUUCCUCUCGAUCCACUUCCCUACCGACUACCCCUUCAAGCCGCCCAAGGUCAACUUCACUACGCGCAUCUACCACCCCAACAUCAACUCAAACGGCAGCAUCUGUCUGGACAUUCUGCGAGACCAAUGGAGCCCGGCUCUGACCAUCUCUAAAGUGUUGCUCUCGAUCUGCUCGAUGCUCACAGACCCUAACCCAGACGACCCUCUGGUGCCGGAGAUCGCGCACGUCUACAAGACGGACCGACCGCGGUACGAGGCGACAGCCCGGGAAUGGACACGCAAGUACGCUAUUUGA